GGGAAUACUUAGAAAGAGUAAUGGUUAUAAUAAACAUAGUGUAUUGGAUUCUAAAAUUAUGGGAAUGGAAAAAUAAAAAGAUAGUGAGACGAAUCACCCGAAAAGAUCAAAAUCUAAAAAUGGGGAGUGUUGUGGAUUAUACCAAAAAUUUAAUUAAGGUCUUGCCCGUCCAGGAAAUACAGGUGCCUGUCAAGGACACGGAAGAAAAGCCGGAAGAGAUUGAACUUGAGAGAAGAAAUACAAGAAAGAAGAAAAGAUGGUAUUAA